AUUUAAACCAUUACGAGUUCUUAAUCCGAAAAUCAUAUAAUUUCUAAAUUGUUUAUUUUUUUAAUGAGCCUCAUUAAGGAUCAAGUAAUUUUAAAUGCCUCCAGGAUAUAUAACGGUGUUCCGCUAGUAUCACUAUCAAUUCGAAAUUUUAUUUUAUUCACUUAAGGUCCAUCAAAGUUUGAUAUAUUAAUACAUUAUUUCCGCCCUUAAAUAACAGAUUUUCUUAUUAAAUUAUGAUUAUUGCAAUUAUUUAAUCAGAUCGCAUUGUAUAGGCAACGAAAUAGUUUGACUUGCCUUUUCGCCAUGGAAAGAUCGUUUUGCUCAUAUUUUUUCUUAUUAGGUUUAAUAAAUUGUGCUCCUCUUAAUUUAAAUGAACAAUUGACUGUGGUAAAAGUGGAUGCAGUACAAAAUACGUCAAAAUUUAGUUACAAAAGUCCUAUUUCAAACGACGAAGUGUUGAAACAAGAUAAAAACUUUUGGAUAAAUAUGGCAGAAAAUACAUUGAAGAAAAAUCUAGAGCUUGAGGCCGAAGCUAAAGAAUUUAAAAAUGCAAAAAAUAUAAUCAUUUUCAUAGGGGAUGGAAUGGGUGUGUCAACCAUAACUGCGGGAAGAAUUUAUAAAGGUCAACAAGAGUUUGGCAUAGCGGGCGAAGAACACGAAUUUACAUUUGACAAAUUUCCAAACAUCGCUUUAGUUAAGACCUAUAACGUGGAUAUGCAAGUGCCAGAUUCUGCAGGAACAGCUACUGCGCUUUUUACAGGAGUGAAGACUAGAUAUAAAGCAAUUGCUGUCGAUGUUAACUGUAAUAAAACUACUUUCGAUAAAGAAGUUUAUGAAAAUUCAAAAUUGGAGUCUUUAAUGACUUGGGCUCAAGCUGCAAACAAGGAUACAGGGAUAGUAACAACCACAAGAAUCACUCAUGCAACACCAGCUGCGACUUACGCUCAUGCUACUUAUCGGUACUGGGAGUGUGACGAAGAAUUACCCUUAGAUGUUGUGGGGAAUGCGAAAGAUAUUGCAAGGCAGCUAAUAGAAGAUGCACCUGGAACAAAUUUUAAGGUUAUUCUUGGCGGAGGCCAACAACUUUUGGGUCACACUUCAGAGAGUACAGGUCCGUGUACUAGGCAAGAUGGUCUGAAUUUGACAAAUGAUUGGAUUCAAAAUCAUUAUAAUUCUAAUUACGUUUUUGCCACUAAUAACGAGGAGCUGAGUAAUGUUAACGAUGAUACAGAAUAUUUAUUAGGUUUAUUUUCACCUGGACACAUGCCGUAUGAGUUAGUUAGAGACAACGGACCCACUGGCGCACCAAGCCUUACUGAUAUGACUAGAAAGGCUUUACAAAUUUUAAAAAAGGGCCAAAAUGGAUUUGUUCUUAUGGUGGAGGGUGGUUUAAUUGAUCAAGCCCAUCAUAAAAAUUAUGCAAGACUGGCUAUGGCCGAAACUGCUGAAUUUGAUAAUGCUAUAUCAUUAGCUCUUAAUGAAACUGGACCAGAUACUCUUAUAAUAGUUACAGCUGAUCACUCCCAUUCAUUCACCAUGGAAGGCUACAGCAAAAGAGGAAAUGACAUAUUGGGAUAUACCGAUGAAGCGGGUGAAGAAGACAGGCCAUUUUUAACUCUCGCGUACGCUAAUGGGCCAGGUUUUGAUUACCACUAUGGAAUAAAUGUAUCCAAUAACACCUAUCCAUGGCGUGACACAAGGUACGACGAAAACAGGUUAAAUGAUCCUUAUUACGCCCACAUUGGAGCGUUUCAAUCUAAAGAUGACACACAUGGUGGCGAAGAUGUAGCCGUUUUUGCGAAAGGACCUCAUGCCAAUUUAAUCCGUGGGGUCGUCGAACAAAAUUAUAUAGCUCAUUUGAUUAGCUAUGCUGGUUGUUUCGGCCCCCAAGCCUAUUUAAAUCCAGAUUGUGACUUACAAAAGACAAGUGGUGGAUCAAUUUUCGACAUAUCUGUUGGUGUUGUUACAUUACUUUUAUUAACAACUGUAGCCAACAUGUUAUGACUGUUAAAUAUAUAGUCUCGAUGGAAGACUAAAUAAAAAAAGAAAUUAAGUUGAAAUUGAUAAAUAAGUACAAAUAUACAAUUUUUGAUGAAGUAGAAGUAAUGUCAACAUUAAGAGGUUCUUAAUAAAUUUUAUACCAAUUGA